AUGUCGCCAUCUCUUCUCGAUGCGAGGGAGCUGACUGCGUCGAUCAGUGACAACUUUGCGCGGGAUGCUUCAGCUCCCCCUGAUUCUGACCUUCCUGCUAAACCCAAGGUUGCAGAUGAGACAACUAUCGAUGCAUCGCCUCUUAAUGAAUCUGAAGCUAUCUCGAUACUUGCUGCGGACGCAGAUCGUGAUCUCGUUCAGGAAUUACGGACUGAGUUAGAUCCUGCCACGAUCUGCCAAGGACAUGAUCUUCAGGACCCGAACGCCGACUCGAUUAUCCCUGCUUCAUCCGGCUCAGGGAACGAAGUGCCCUCGCAGCCGGACCGCGAGGACCAGAGUCCACCCAUUCUCCACGCAGAAGAUAAGGUCGUGAGGCCAGCGUCACCUGUUGAUGAGGCUGUAGGCCGCAUGGUGGCCGACGACGAGCGACCACCGCAAGAGGCGGAGCGCGUGGCAUCAAUGGCGCCCGGUAUUGAGGAGACUGCGGGACGCUCCCCGUCUCUUCUCACCUCAUCUCUCGAACAAGGCGAAGUUACCAUGUCCGCUCCUGCGAGCGAUUCUGCUUCCACAAUUGAGGAAGGCCAAAUUACACCUGUCCAUCGGACGCAGGAGAUUACCGCGGUGUCAUCCACGGACAAAGCCAUCAUCGGCACCGAGCCUGCGGAUAUCCCGAUCCAACAGACUGCUACCGUCCCGGAAGCCCCGCCGUCCAUCUCAACUGCCAUUCCGAAUGUUGUUGUCUUCGGCUGCGCGCGGGGCACUUCUGAUAACCACGUUCUCUUCGAGUUCGACGUCAGUCCCGAACAGCAUGCUCUCGUAUCGAAGUGGAUAACCCGGUAUGAAACGAGAGAAUGCCUUUCGUUCGGAUGUUACUCGUUCGACGAGUGCGUAAAGAGGACCGAGGAACCGGGCGUGAGUCUCGAGACCCUCACGAUCGAUGUCCCUACAAGCUGGCCCAGGGACGGACGGCUCUGGGCGCAGUUGCAAAACGCGGCUGGGGAACAUAACGUGAUGCUCUCUCCGCCGUUCAUGCCAAAGUCCCAGAGCUUCGUGGACCUUAGCCGCUCCGUGGCGGUGGGCAAGAACACUCUGCGGGUCUACCAGCUCCGCGACCACUCUGACUGUGUGUUCGCUUCGCUGAAGUGCGAGAGCGACGAGAUCACGAAGACAACUGGAACAAAUUUUUGA